CGAUAGCCCGUCGCGACCUAGCGAUAGGCAAAACGCAUCUUAAAAAAAAACCACAAAUAAUGUGUCUCAAAUAGCAUUUAAACUGUGAAAAUAUCUCAUAGCUAUUAGCUCUUUUUAGUUUUCGAAUAAAUACAACGAACAGUGUACCCUCGCUCCCCCGCCCUCUCAGUUGCUUUAGUUUGCAUUGUUUUACACCCUCCCCAUUGUUGUUGCUGUGCUGCUGCUGUUCCACUUGUGCAAGGACAAGUGUCGUCCUUAAAAAGGCGCAACAAUUUACCCCGCGCGCAACAAGGUGCACAGACGUGAUCCGAGGGUUGAAUCGAAAGAAAAUCAAUAAAUAGUGCAUGCAAAAGAGUGUUGCUGGCUGCUGUUGUUGUUCCUGCUGUCGUUGUGUGUGUGGCCACCACUGAAUAACAAGCAAAAGCAAACCACUCUAUCCCUACUAUUAUGGACAACGGAGGCGACGACAGCGACAACGAUGUGGUCACCGACUUCCUAAACUCCAACUGCAGCGAGACUGAGCCUCCGAGCACCGCGUCCGUCAUCAAUGGUGGCUCCACGGGGCGCGUCACUGUAGAAAGCCAAAACUAUUGCAUACCUGUAAUCAACGCACCUGUUUCAGCUGCUCUCCCAGCUCUGCCUCCUACUUCGGCAGCUGCUCCUGCUCCUACUACUGCUCCUGCCUGUCUCAAUAAUAACAACACCAGCAGCAACAACAAUAUCCACAACAUGAUUCCCAUCAUCAAUGUAACACCGCACAGCCCAGCACUGGCUUCCAAGUACAACAACAUAUUCGAGGACACCCUCAGCCAGCUGCAGAACAUCCGUGAAACGGUGGUGCAGAUGAAGAACUCCUCCUCCAGUGGCCAGCAUAUGCAGGAGGGGCUCGCCAAUCAUGGCCUGCUCAGUGCAGCCAUUCUCAGCGCAUCUCUGCCCGACCUCAGCGGCAAUGGGCCCAACGGCAACAAUGCCUCCUCCCAUGCCUACGCCAUGUGGUCCUCCACGGCGCCCCAACAGUGUCUGCUGCUGCACACGGAUAGGCGAAAGUCAUGGACAGCUGUGGACGACGCCAGCGCUGGCGGGGACUGCACCAACAAGAGCGUCAGCCUCUCCAGUCUGGACAGCGAGGAGCAGGAGACGAUCCGUGUCACCGAGCAGCGACGCCGCUCAGCACGAAACAGCACUGGAGGCAUUUCAACGCACUCCUUGAACGAGGCGGAACUGGCCCGCGACUUUGAGCGGAUUGCGGCCAAGAGAAGUCUGGCCACGGAGAUCAUCAGCCGGAUACCGCUGCAGAAAAGCAUUUCCACGUCCUCGAUCAUAGCCAAGGAGGAUAUCAAGGCUUUGGCCCGCCACCUGACAGACAGCGAGGAUGAGAAUCAAAGCCUGCUGCGCUCCCAUGCCAAAAUCGAGGUGUACGACAACGUAGAGAAGCGACCGAAGCGCGGUUCCCUCUUCUUUCGCAAGAAGAAGCCCAAGGCCAAGACGAAGUCUCUGGUUGGGGGUCAGCUGAGCGCCUGCGACGCUUGCGGUGCAAACUUAACGCUGGCCCAGAUCAAGGAGCAUCAUUUGGACUGCAAGGCGAGGAGGAUGGCUGCGGGUGGCCAGGACUAUUACGACGGACCGGAUGCAACCACCUUCAGCAAUCCCGAGGACCAGCCGCUGAUACGAUCCGAGCUGCAGUUCCUCAACGAUCCGCCCAUUGAGGCCCAGGACCUGGGUGCCGAUCCAGCUUUGGGUAUUGUGCUGAAAGAGCACGAUUCGUGGACGCCUAACGUACCCAAGGAGCUGCUGAAAACACUCAAGGAGCUGCAGAUCAAGCGGCAGGAGCACAUCUACGAGUUCAUCAUGACCGAGAAGCACCACUGCCAGACGCUGAUUGUCAUGCAGAAGGUGUUUGUGGAGAGCCUAGAGCGGCACUUUCCUGCGCUCAAUCUGAACAGCAUGUUCCCGCGCCUGCAGCAACUCACGGACCUGCACACCUGCUUCCUGCGUCACCUGCGCCAGAAGCAGCGGGAGCAGCCCAUCGUGGACAGCAUUGCGGACAAUCUGUUGGAUUUCUUCUCGCUGGAGCAGGCUCAGUGCUUGAGGCUGGCGUACGGCGAGUUCUGUGCCAACCAUCGCAGUGCCCUCGAGCAGUUCAAGCUCUGCCUGACAGAGCCCAGCUUCGCGGAGUGGUACAAGCACUGCCUGCAGAAUCCGCUGCUCAAGAAGAAGGGCAUCCCCGAGUGCAUUCUGUUUGUGACGCAGCGACUCACCAAGUAUCCGCUGCUCAUCGAACCGCUGCUGAAGAGUGCGCGCGACAAUAAGCUGGAGACGGACAAGCUGCAGCAUGCCCUCAAUCUGGUCAAGUCACUGCUCGUGGACGUGGAUGCCUGCGUGGCGGAGAAGGAGCUGCGCGAGCGACAGCUGGAAAUCUAUGGCCGUGUGGAUGCCAAAUCGUUUUCCAUCUACAAGAACAAACCCUUCCGCAAGGCGGAGCUGGGUGUAGAGUCGCGACGCCGUCUGAAGUUUGAUGGACUGGCCACCCUCAUGCAGGGCAGGGCCAAGACGCAGCUGGUCCUCGUGGUUGUGCUCACCGAUUGCCUGUGCUUCCUCAGCGAAAACUCCGGCCACAACAAGUACAGCUUCUUCACGCCCGAGCACAAGGCGGGCGUGGUGCCGCUGCAGAAGCUGCUCAUCCGCGAGAAGGCCGGCACCGAGUCGAGGGGCAUUUACAUUAUCAGCUCCAACCCGGACUUUCCCGAGAUGUACGAGCUGAAGGUGCAGACGCCCAAGGACAAGAAUGCCUGGAUCCAGAGCAUCCGCCAGGCUGUGCUCGACUGCCCCGCCACGGACAUCAUUGAGGCCGAGGAUCUCACGGCGGAGGAGAAGCUCAGGAUUGGCGUUAACAAGCGGGAGACCAUCGAGAAGAUGCGCCAGAAGGACAUCGAGCAAGCGCUCCUGCUAGAGGAGAAGCUUAUGUUGCAGCUGAAUCUGCUCAAGGAGCAGCAUCCCUUCGGAGAUGUCACUGGCUCCUCCAAUGGCAGCGCCGCCAACUUUCUGGCCGCCCUCGGCUCGUACAAGGAUCUCGUCACCGCUGACUGCGACACGGGCGAGCUCUGGCGACGAGUUCUGAAUACUGUGCAGGACAUCAGCCAGCUGGCAUCCACCAUAUACACAGCGGCCACGGGUCUGCCUGUGUCCCGCACUCUUAGCAGCGUGGGCGAGAAACAGAGCGAUCAGUUUGCCUCCCCCACACUGCCCAAGCGAGCGGAGACCUUCGCUGGCUUCGAUGAGAAGCGUGGGAAGCUGGGCGCAAAGCUGGUGCUGACGCCCCGCCUACAGGAGUUGGAGGAGACCAAGCGGGAGACCAAGAGCACAGCGAGUGCGAGUGGAGGUGCAGGUGCAGCUGCUGCACAGGCAACUGAGGAGCCUUUGGAGAGCAACUAUGCCGUGCUGCAGGUGUCGCAUCACCUGCACACUCUGCUGUGCAUCAUCUCACAGCAGAUGACGAGCAUCCAGAGCCUGCAGCUGCAGCUGGCCUUGUACCGGGAGAGUCCCAGGACCAGCGCGUACACGCACAAGGAUCAGUUGGAGGAGCUGCGCAAUCUGCAGGACAAGCUGCAGGAGGAGAAGACCGCCUGGCAACGCCAGAAGCUGCAGCAGCAGGAGGAGCUGACCGAGAUGAGGGCCCAGCAGCUGCAGCUGCAGCAGGAGAUCAAGGCCGAACAGGAGGAUGUGCGACAGCAGCGGGAGCAACUCUACCGCAAAAUGGAACUGCUCUCCAGCCAGGGUCUUUUGUUGUCGCCCAGCACACCGCUGCCACCCAUGCCGGUGUCCGCCAAUCACCAAUGCAGUCCCGCUCUUCCUCCUACGCAGGGUGACGACAGCCACGAGACGGACAACGGCGUAGGAGUGGCGAUGGGAACCCCUAGCGUGAUGGGAACCACAGACCGAAGAAAGGAAAAGUGGCUGAGCGGCAACUCCAACUGCAAGACACCGCCAGUCAAUCUCCUUAGCGCCAACAAUGCACCCAAGGCCAACUCCAGCCUGGUCAAGCAGAAGCUGCCAAUGAAACUCUCUUCGCUCUCUUCAGGCGGCAAUUCCAGCGCCAGUUCGCGCGUUGACAAGUCCGCCAGCUUCAACAACAGCUCAUCAGCAUCGCCAGCUCCCUCUGCCGGCAGUGUGCAGCAAAUUUUUCCACUUAAACUGGCGGACAAGCGGCACGCGGCGGCGGCCACACCCACAGGCAUAUCCACUCCCACGGCUCCCACUUUGGUGCCGCAGCACUCGCGAACGGGCAGCUCGCCGGCGAUUAUACAGCAGACAACGACAGGCACAGGCACAUCCACAGCACCCACAGCAGUGGUGACUAGAGCCGAGUCCGCGCACUACAGCCAGAGGACGCCGACGAGCAGUCGAACGGGCAUUGCACGCACAGGAGGACAUGCGGGCACGGGUGCGGCACCGCGCGCCAAGCCCGAGGAGGAGGAGAUCUACUUUUGACGUCAGUUCACGCCAGAAGUUGAAAUCUAAAAGUCUAACAUAUAAAAAUAUAGAUCUAUAGAGCGUAUGUUUAGCACCACGAACCCAAUCCAAUGGCUGCUAUAAAUGUUUGUGUUGUCCCCCCAAAGGUACUGGCCAAGGAGUGCGUAAUUUUAGUGAUCUUAUUGUACUUAAUGGUAUUAGUAUUCUUCGCAUACUUCCAGCGCAUCUCAAAUUGUUCUGUAAUGUAGCUUAACUAUUUAUUAACUUGAUGUUUAUUUAUACAUUUAAACGACAAAAAAACAUCCUAACGAAUUUUAACUUAUAUUCCGUUCAAAGAGCUGUCUUUUCCCUCACACUUAAGCAUAUAUAACACUAUAUAUAUGGAUAUAUUAUAUAUAUAACGAUUGAUGUAUAAAACUUAACGACAUUCCAUACAAAAUUCCAAAACUAUUUUCUUUCUGUUUACGGUAGCUUAAAAAUACGUUACCCAGCAAACCAAACGCGCGCAAGUGAUUUCGCAUGCGAGCUCGAUUGCGAGUGUGUUGAGCAUUUUGCAACACUCCCGCAAAAGGCACGUUUUUUGGUUUGUUGGGUAUUACAUAUAUACAAUUGUUUGUACAUAAAUGCAAAUCUCUCUUUUUGUGUGUAUAGAAAACUUGUGACAAGCUUGUAACCAAUUGUGCUGGAACGGAUCCACUUGAUCCCUGCGCAUCUUUGCAAUAUUUUAAGCUCGCUCCAAUAAAUGUUAAAAAAAACGAA